CUAGCUACAUCCUCUCUCGCGUUCCUAUACUAUUAUUCCUCGACCAGACACCAUCAUAUUCAACCAAGAUGCGCGCAACAAUCUUUGCCUUGUCUUUCAUUGCUCUGUUUACCAUCUUUUCUGAAACAUCGGCUGCACCACUACCCCCACAUGCUGGCCUGGAUAUGUUGAGAUUCCCCGGGCUGCCAACUUGGAACGUACCCAAGGCUGCCGACAAGAGGAUGUGCGUCUCCGACUGCAGAGAAGUUCUCAUCCCCGCUUCUUCUUCUGCAUCCUCCGUCGACCUGUCCACGGUCUCGUUCUCGGCGGCUUCGUCGGAGGCAUCAACUGUCCCUUCAGCCACCUCAGCUUCGGCAGAGCCCGCCGCGACGAGCGCAAGCUCGAACUCAUCGACCACCUCCGACGACUCUAUAUCAGACAGCGCGAUGACACUGGCGAAGUUCUUCGACGCCAUUCUCAAGGCCUUCUCGAGUUCUUCAUCUUCGUCUACAUCUACCGCGGCCGUUGAGGCCACCCCCUCCUCUGCACUUUGAAUGUGCUAUUCCUAUCACCACCCCUCAUAGAGUUUGCAAUUCCUUUCAAAACGCGUGGCCGCUUCAUCGCAUCGAGUCCCAACCCACUCUGCUAUUAUUCUAUCUCGAUACCCGUCCUGCAUUCACCGCCACACCGUCCAUUCCUAUUCCUGCUCUCAGAGCCCUCCCGACCUGCCCGUGUUCGACGCAACCCUUUGUCACACCCAGGUCUGGGUUGUAACCCUCUUCGACCUUCGCUGUCUUUCUUUGAUGCCUUUUGGACCCUGUGACUCUGUACUCCACGGAUUUCGGAUUUCGUUGUGCGCCUUCGUUUUUUAUCUGUUCGAUUAUACUUUCGAUUUCCUCCUCGUCGUCUCUGCGGUUAGCCCGGCUGCGUGACCUCCCUUCUUUACUUGGAUUGUACUACAGUCCCCGGAGAACCUACACCUUAAUCCGACUUCACACAUCGCGAUAUCUUUUGAUACAUUGCCUGCUCUUAGUAUCCUUGUUCUGCUACCCUGUACAGUAUUACUACCCAAUACUUGACCCUCU